AUGGACACACCCCUGCCCUACCGUGGCAGGAGAGGACAGACCACCCUCCCGUCAGGCUCAGUCGGGCCCGAGGGCUCUUCGGGCAGGCGGGACCGCGACUGCAGGGCCUCCUCGUACUUCUGGAGCUGGGACCAGAAGCCCGGGUUGGGCUCGGCCACCGGGCGGGCGCUCUUCACAAUCUGCAAACGAGAGGCUUUGGCUGGACACCGCACAGCAUUGGCUGCAAGCUCCGCGGCCCCGCCCCCACGAGCGGGCCCUCGGCCCGCCCAGAAGGCCCCUACUCUUCCCGCCGGAAGCCCCGCCCACGAGAAAGUCCCGCCCUACCUGGAAGGCCCGCUCCCGCGUGACGCCGCGGUGACGCAUGAGGUAGGCGGUGCAGACGGCGGCCGAGCGGCUGCGGCCGUUCUUGCAGUAGACGAGGCAGGCACCACCGGCGCGCACCGCGGCCUCCAUGGCGGCGCAGGUUCGAAGAGGAGAGACAUGGAAGAUCGUUAUUCCUCAAUCUCAUAUUAUGAAAUCCCAAAUGCUGGCAAUUCUGAAAACCAGGUGGAGGAGGGGGGCAGUGUGCCUGCUGCUGCCGGGACCCCGGAGAGCUCCAUGCUCGGCACCAAAAGAUUCAUCCCGGAGGCCCCAGAGGGGGAAAAGGAGGAGCCCGAGGGUCCCCUUAGGGAGCAGGACCUGAAGGAGGCCUACAUCGAGCUCAUCCAGGGUGUGCAGGAGUGGCAGGACGGCUGUGUCUACCGAGGAGAGUUCGGGCUGGACGUGAAGCUGGGAUGCGGAGAAUUCUCUUGGCCCACGGGCGAGGUAACUAGCUCCCGAGGGAGAAUACAUCCAGCUCUGUUCAGAAGGAAACCCUUGCAGCAACGUGGCAACGAGCCACAGAAGUCUGCGACCCUGAAGCUGCCACGCAAGUCGAGGUGCUUAUAUUCCACCUACAGUCACAAGUGAGCGUCUGGGCGCCCACCUGCCUGUACAGGGCUCCAGGAGGAGCUGGGCCAGCAGGAACGGGGACCACCCUAGGACUCGAGGAGGGUGGGCAGGUGAGCACGCAGUUGCUGCCCGGCAGGUGUCCAGGGAGGCCUGAGCUUCGCCCCAGGCGCAGCAGGAGCUGCGACCCCUGCAGGACUCCCUCCGUGGAGCUGCAUUCUCCUCCCAGGGGGGGCUGCCUGGCCCCCCCCGGACCCCGUGCUGGGGGCCUGUUCCUUACACUCACGGGGCCCAGGGUCCCGGCUGCUGGUCCUUCAGUGCUCCAGGGCCCCAGGUGACAGAGAAGCUUUGCGGAACGUUUGACUGGCAGGCCACUGUGGGCUGCGACACCCAAAUAAAG